AUGUGACAGUCCAAUUCCAAACAAUUAAAAGAUGUUUUUUUUUAAAGAAAUGCAUUUCUCUGCAGUCUCACAUAGAUAAAAGGAUCAAAUGAGUCAUCAAAAUAAUUGUCAUUCUAAAACCACAAAGCAUUAUAGUGGUUUUGUAACUCAUAACCAGGUAAGUAUAAGAUUUUGGAUGCCAUGACCAAAUAUACAGCACUUCAUAAGCCAUUAGAUGAAGAGAUAGCAAUUUCAAACCAAGUUCAUUAUGCUUGUUAAAGCCCAGUUGCACUAUAUGACAUUGACAUGUAGGCUACAGAAUAAUUUCUCAUUAGAUUUAUAAUAAAAGCGCAGCACAGAGUUUUUGUUAGUUUUUCCUAGAGAGGAACGUUGCAGGAGUCUUGCACGGCACCUUACAUGUACUAUAACAAAUAAUUAUUGACUUAAAAUUUAGAGACGUUGUGUAAUUGGUUGUGAAGUCUGUGAUGUCACCGGUUUAUUUUGUCGCUCAGAUCAUUCUUUCAGUAAGCGCGGGUAGGCGCUAGGCUCGGGAUCAGAGCGCGGAUGGAAGCGCAUGGUGCUGCUGCGCUCCAGAGAGGACUUGAAGUUCGGAUACCUGUCUGAAUGAACGCGUUUGAUUUCUCCACACCAUGGGAGACGGUUUACCGUCCGUAAACUUUAGUAAUGACUCUAAACGUGCCACGGUGGACCUUAACAAUCCAGGCGCUGGCGUGUCAGAACAGUGGAUCGUGGGCAUGGGAAUCCUUAUGGGUCUGAUAGUAUUUGUUAUUGUGGUGGGGAAUAUACUGGUUAUAGUCGCCAUAGCCCGAAAUCAGAGACUCCAGACGCUCACCAACGUUUUUAUCAUCUCUCUGGCGUGCGCAGACCUGAUCAUGGGGUUGCUGGUGGUGCCAUUUGGCGCAGCCUUGGAAGUUAGAGGAACCUGGAUGUAUGGAUCCUUUUUCUGUGAAUUCUGGAUAUCUGUUGAUGUGCUCUGCGUCACGGCGAGCAUUGAGACCCUCUGCGUAAUUGCAAUAGACAGGUAUAUUGCCAUAACCUCUCCAUUUCGUUAUCAGAGCCUUUUAACAAAAGCAAGGGCCAAGGUGGUGGUGUGUGGAGUGUGGGCUAUUUCAGCUCUGGUCUCCUUCCCACCCAUCCUAAUGCACUGGUCCCGGGACAUCGUGGAGACAUCCUGCUACGACAAUCCUGAGUGCUGCGACUUCGUCACCAACCGCGCGUACGCCAUCUCGUCCUCUGUUAUAUCAUUUUACAUCCCUUUAGUGGUUAUGAUAUUCGUUUACGCCAGGGUGUACAGAGAAGCCAAAAAACAACUGAACAAAAUUAAUAAAUGUGAGGGAAGGUUUCACAACAACCUCGGGGUAACUAACUGCAAACCUAACAGAAAAAGAACAACAAGGAUUCUGGCUUUAAAGGAGCAGAAGGCGUUGAAAACGUUGGGAAUAAUAAUGGGAACAUUCACACUGUGCUGGCUGCCGUUUUUCAUCGUUAACGUGAUGCGGGUGUUUUGCGCAGAAGUGGUGGAUAAGGAGCUCUUCGUGUUUUUGAACUGGCUGGGGUACGUGAACUCCGCGUUCAACCCGAUCAUUUAUUGCCGGAGUCCGGACUUCAGGAAAGCCUUCAAGAGGCUGUUGUGUUGCCCGAGACAGGCGGACCGCAGGCUGCAUGUGAGUUCGUGUGACCUGUCGCGCUGCACCGGAGGCUUUGGGAACUCAAUGGAGCAGAGUAUGCUCGGGACAUGGUCGGACUGUAACGGCGCGGACAGCAGCGAUUCCAGUAUGGAGAGGAACGGCAAAAGGUCCCAUUCCGAGUCACAGCUGUAGCUAAAUAACAAACAGAGCAGCCAAGAACAUGUAAUGUCCAAACAAACAACAAACUAAUCAAUAAAAAAGAGCCGUUUAAAAUAAUAAAAAAAGAAAACGGGAAGAAAUGUCGCUAUGAAACUGAACGGUAAAGCAGUGUUUUUUAUUCUUCGUGGCAAUGUUUUAAUCAUGCAUUGAGCCUUAUGGGUCGUGUUCAGACCGAACGCGUUAUUAGUUACGCUAAUUAAAACGCUAGACGCAGCGCAGCGAAUUGAACAGAACGCAGUCCCGAGACGCGUUUUUAAAAGUUGAAGAUCUUUUUUAACUUGACACGGCGUCCAAAAAAACGCUGCGCUCCAAACGCAAGACGUCUAGCGCAUUUUUACGUAGACAAACCAAAAACUGCGCAGACGGACGCAAAAAAAAAAAAAAAAAAACGCGUUCGGUGUGAACGCCCCCUUACAGGGGUGUUUCGUUCAAAAUGUGGAAUUAAACGGCAUUAUUUUACCUCAUACCUGUAUAAUGUGCAAGUUGUACAAGGGGAAGUUGUUUAUAUUAAACAAUUUGUUUUAAAUGUACAGUAUUUAUUUGAUGCAAUAUACAGCAUACAUGAAAAAGCGGGGCAACGUGAUAAAAUAAUGUUAAAUAUAUCUGGUAACACUUUACAAUAAGGUUGUAUUCGUUAACAUUAGUUUGCUAAAUUACUUAACAUGAACUAACAACGAAUAACGCUUUUUUCAGUACUUACUUGAUUAAUGUUCAUUUUAACACAUAGACCUCAAAUUAAAACAGUAGUUAAUGCAUUCUGAGCUAAUCAUGAACAAUUCUAUUUCUAUAAAUUAACAUUAAGCAAGAUUAAGAAAUUCUGUACAAAUAUUGUUCAUUGUUAGUUCAUGAUUAUGAUGUACUAUUAUUAACAAAUAGAACCUUAUUGCAAAGUCUUACCAAUAUAUCUGUGAUUUAUUGCACCUUAUUUGUGUCAAAUGUGAGCUGCCCUGGGGGAAAUUAGCAUCAAGCAUUUAUUAUUAUUAUUUUUUUUUUUUUUUUUUUUUAUCCAUUUCACAUUGCCAUUGAUGUUACUAAAUUGAUUUGUCUGUAAAUGAGAUGCACACAUUUUUGGGGGGCAAGUUUUGUUAUGAAUAUAUGAAUUACAGCUUGACAUUUUUACUAAAAUAAUUUAUGUACCAGUGCCUCAUGUGAAAUAUUGUACAAGAUUUAUCAUGUUGAUGUCAUGUUGGCUAGUGUGCAAUAAAAUGUCAUAUAGUGAA